CAAGCUUUGAAGAACAUUUUCUCGAUCUUCACUUCAACUGGCCGGAUGUGGAUGGAACGAUCGGGUAGGAUAGUGAGUGUCAGGAGAAAGAAAAGAAUUAGAAGCGUCUCUCAUAGGUUCACCAAUUUAUUGACUCUUGCCAGGUAGCCCGAUGUCUCAUCGUAAGAUGUUGGUGAGUCUUAGACCAAUUGGGGCCAAGGAGGGUUUGGUUAAUAAAUAAGUAUUAAAGGCACGACGAGCGCAGGCAUGUGAUUGUAAGGGAUUUCCAGUCCCUGGCUAGCGAUGAUAGCGAUGUAAGCCCGGCAAGCAAGGAAGGUUGUAAGGGGUUUCAAGCCCCUGGCUAGCGGUCAAGUAAGUAAAGAGAUGUCGGUUGCUUGAGG